AUGCGUGCGGUUCCAUCAGCCAUUGAUGACGCCCAUUACAAGAGACACCAAUGCAUUGCUGAGCAGCUGCACGCUGUCUAUGAGAGCUGUGGUGAGAUCAGUUGGACUAUAAUUCCGCCCGUACCCGAAAUUGCGACUGAAGAGAUAUCGAGAGAUACCAAUAACUCGUGGGAGUAUGGUACCGAAAAUGACUACGUAGCCGCUAUUGCAGGUAUGCCGCCGUCAAAGCGCGGCAAAAAGGACGCAAAGCAUUUGACCAGAGCGGCGAGCAGGUCAAGAGCGAUCACCCAGGAAGAGAUUCAAUACAUCGAUUCUGUCAUCCGCUCUGAUGAUGGUAUUACUAGCAAUGAAACUGAAGGGCUGCGCAACCCUGAAGAGGUGGACGAGAUUGAGAAGCAGCUUCGCUAUCAUGCACAAGUAUACAACGCAAGAGGAAACCGCGACCGGCUUGAAAGCCUCACAGACAAUCCCAGCAAGAUGGAAGAAACGGAAUUUGAUGCCGAAAUGAACCGGAUCCUAAACAUCUUUCACAUCACAAAGCUACUCAAACGCAAUACCAACACAAAAGAUUUACAAGGAAAAGAGCUCGAAAUAUUCCUCGCGCUUGUCAGUGCCUUAAAAUUGGCUAUAACUGAGGACAUCGUGCAAGUCAAGAAAGAUAUUGUGGAGGUGCGCAUGCGGCGAGCAGGCUAUCUACGAUACGUCAACAGAGCCUCAUAUGAGAUUUUAGGGGACAGGUAUUCCACUAAAAGCUGGAAAGCGGGCGGGAAACCAACGACGAGCGCAGUGAAUCCAAGUGACAUGCCAAUUACAGCCACGAAAAACAAUGCAUCAUCAAGCGAUCAGCGAGAGGACCAGCAGCCGAGAAAAAGCUGGGCAGGGAACGGCUCUGACCGAAGGCAUCUCGAGAACAUACAUCAGCGUGUAAAUAGUGAUGAUGGGCUUCGCGAGGCGACCAUUGAACCUUACCAAGCGCCAUUGCUACCUCUGCUGCCUGAUCCCACUCCUGGUCGAGCGCCUGUCUCAGUGAGAAUAACCAACACCAAGACAUUACAGCAAUCUACAAACCCCAUGCUAGCUCAUGCGAAGAAGAUAGUUAUGCCAUCAUCCUCAGAUGGCUGGAUCACUACUAUCAAUGGUACAAGGUCCAAAGCACUCGCUCUCAGGCCGCCCGUCUGGGAGGGUUUCCCAAGCCAGCAGUGUCAGCUCGCUGAGACUCCAUUACACACAGAAAUAUCACCCUUGGGUCAGUUUUCUACGUAUCGCAACUCUUUUGAUGAAUCUUUCUUUAAUGCCCCGGCUGCCAAGAACUCCUUGACCCAAUUAUCUAAAGAACCAGAGACCUUCGCCACAGAAUCAGAGGAGAAAACUGCCACCGAGCAUGUUAUAGUCUCAGAAAAGAAGAAAUCCAAAAAGCUACGCGAGUCGAAGCGCAAAGCUAGGAGGCUUGACAUGAUGAGAAACACUGAAGCUUCCAUCGCCAGCAAAGCAGCAAAUGAAGAAAUUACCGAAGCUACUGAUACAUCAUUUUGUGAAAUUUCAUCAUUGUUGAAAGGUGGCAGCCGGAGCUCAGAUGCGGAAGAAAUUCCACUAGCAUUGCCGAGUCAAGAUGUAGACAGCAUUGGCUGUGACAUUGUUCAGGCAUCGAAGACUACCGGAUCUACCACAGUGUAUAUUCGGGAUAAAUCCACAGUCCCUCUUCCUGGGUCUGUGCCGGUCACAACGCAUGGAAAGCAAUCGCACUGGAGAGAUUUUGUACUCAACUUGACUGCUGAUCAGCUAACAAACCCUUUCCUACCGUCAUGGGGUGGUUACUCAUACGAAUCUUGGUGCAUUUUCGAGAAGAAUCAUAUCUUGGACUGUCCAUUUCACCCGCCUCAUUGCUCCUGCGUCGACCCCACAACAGACCAAUGUUUCCUCAUUAUGCCUGGCGACAAGCCAUGUACUAGCGGGCCUUACAACCGUCUCCGUGGAGACCUGUCGAAUCCGGCUUGGUUUCCCAAUCUGGACCUCGAACCAGGACGUCUAGCCCAAGAGAUUGCAGAUUUCCAUGACGGUCUUGCGCCUGGACCUCUCAUGAAACAAGAGUACCAAUACCAUCGUCUCAAAUGUAGCAACAAGCUCAAGAACCAACAGCUUAUACUUGAUACACUACUAGAGAUUCGGCGCGAAGCCUCUGGGCGGCGUGGACAGCUCCAUAUUUGCUAUUGCAAUAUCGCGAUACCGGAAAACCCUUCUCCUUCUCUACACGAGGACCUGAUAACGUGCUCAUACCAAUAUUGCACCAUUAAGACCUUUCACAAGUCGUGCGUCAAGAAGCUUGGCAUGGAGAAUGUAUCGCGUUGGUACUGUACGCAUUGCGAGAAGCAGAUGCGACUCGUAGCAUACAAGGCGUUGCGCAUGUCUGAUCGUAUGGAUAUCUCCGAUAACGCUUCUGUUCAGAGUCCUCGCCACCAGAACCAGGGACAUCUAACAAAGAGGUUUACUGAAACGGUUGAUCAGUUUUUCAGUAUGACAGAGGAUGGGAGUUUAGGAAUGAGGGAUUUGAUUUGGGACAGACCUUGA